GAACAUAAAAAAUAAUUCUUUAUUGCACAUAAUAUUAAUGCAGUUUCUGUGCAACAGUUCUAGAACAAAGAAAGAUAUUUAUUGGAUAAAGUGCUUGCUGUAAUAAAAGUUCUGGUUAUAGUUGUGAAAUUCCUCGAAACAAAAUGCUCAAUGACUUAUGCGGUAUACGCCUUUCAACCGCCGCAGUCAUUAUCGGUUGGAUAGGUGGUGCAAUUUCUUUAUUGUGGAUAGUAUUAUUUUCUGUUUGUUUAGCUAAUAUCGAUGAAGUAACUAAAGUAGUUAUUGAUCACUUAAAUGACACUAGCAUUCCCGAAGAGCGCAUACACAGCGGAAUUGUAAUUAUUUCGAGUCUUUAUGUAACCAUAAACGCAAUUAAUCUAAUUGCCUCAAUACUAUUAAUUUUUGGAACAAUUAAGGAACGCCACUUACUUCUUCUGCCCUGGCUUAUAAAUUCUGGAGUGUCUCUAUUUUUCAAUGGUCUGUACUUUAUAACUAUUUUGGUACUGGGUAUAUCAGUUGGUUCGGCAUUUAGUUCUGUUGCUGUUUCUAUUAUAAGCGGAGGAAUAAGCUUAGCAUUGCAAAUAUUUAUUUGGUAUGGAAUGUACUCUUUGUUUAAACAAAUACAAUGUGGCCGAGAUCAGCGCCAAUACCUUCUUCAUCAUAAUAGAGGUUCCUAUCCGUCAUACACCAAUUUUUAAAAUACGAAAUAUAUAUUGUAUUGUUAAAAUUAUUUUCAAUUAACGAAUAUUGUUGAUUUUGCUUAUAUAAAUUA